CAUCACAUCAACAACAAGUGACCUGCUUUGGAUUGCGAGAUAUGAGAUGACAUAAGAGAACCACCAACCAACACCAAAACCGAAAAAUACCAAAGCAAAUCCCACUGUGUGUGUUAUAGAAGCAUGAGCGUCCCCGGAAAGCUGAAAUCCUCGAGCUCCGAAUUGGACCUGGAUCGGCCCAACCUCGAGGACUACCUUCCUUCCGGAGCCUCCAUCCAACAAGAACCCGACGGCAACCUUCGCCUGCGUGAUUUGCUUGAUAUCUCUCCCGCCCUCGCCGAGGCCGCCGGCGCCAUUAUCGAUGACUCGUUCACGCGGUGCUUUAAGUCGAAUCCUCCGGAGCCGUGGAAUUGGAAUAUCUAUUUGUUCCCUUUGUGGUGUUUCGGAGUGGUGAUUCGAUACUUUGUUCUAUUUCCGGCAAGGGUACUGGUCUUGACUAUUGGAUGGAUAAUUUUCCUUUCGGCAUUCAUUCCUGUGCACUUCCUACUCAAAGGCCAUGAAAAAUUGAGAAAAAAUUUAGAGAGAUGUUUGGUGGAGUUAAUGUGUAGCUUCUUUGUUGCAUCUUGGACCGGGGUUGUGAAGUACCAUGGACCAAAGCCUAGUAUGCGGCCAAAGCAGGUUUUUGUGGCCAAUCAUACUUCUAUGAUUGAUUUCAUCAUCCUGGAACAAAUGACGGCAUUUGCUGUAAUUAUGCAAAAGCAUCCUGGAUGGGUUGGAUUGUUGCAAAAAACUAUUUUGGAGAGUGUGGGAUGUAUCUGGUUCAAUCGUUCAGAAUCAAAGGAUCGGGAAAUUGUUGCGAAGAAAUUAAGGGAUCAUGUGGUGGGGCCUGACAAUAACCCUCUCCUUAUAUUUCCCGAAGGAACUUGUGUAAACAAUCACUACACUGUUAUGUUUAAGAAGGGUGCAUUUGAGCUUGGCUGCUCAGUUUGCCCUGUCGCAAUUAAGUACAAUAAAAUUUUCGUUGAUGCAUUCUGGAACAGCAGAAAGCAGUCCUUCACAAUGCAUCUGCUACAGCUUAUGACAUCAUGGGCUGUUGUUUGUGAUGUGUGGUAUUUGGAGCCUGAAAAUAUGAAGCCUGGGGAGACUGCCAUUGAAUUUGCAGAGAGGGUCAGGGACAUAAUUUCUGUUCGAGCAGGACUUAAGAAGGUCCCAUGGGAUGGGUAUCUGAAAUACUCUCGCCCUAGCCCAAAGCAUAGAGAGAGGAAGCAACAGAGCUUUGCCGAGUCUAUGCUCCGACGCCUCGAGGAGAAGUGAUAUUGUUUCUUUGUUUUUAAUCCUAGUUCAUUUUAAACUUGCAUGUACUACACUCCAUACUCUUCAUUUGAGUAACUGGUUUUGGAGUCUAAAGAUAUAGCUGUCAUUGAGAAAACACGUAAAUGUUGAUAUAAUUAUCACCCCUUGCCCAGUUAUUUUCAUGAAUAUGCAAAGCUUAUAAAGUUCGGUAGUGUCGGUUUGCUCAGAAUUUUGUAGGAAGUUC